AUGGUGCUCAAGAUGUCUGGGUGUGCCUUGAGCGUCAAUACUUUUGCUCAUUAUUACGAGACCAAACUGCACAAGAAAAUGGUCAAGGACAAGCAGACCAAGACCAAAAUGGUGGCCCAGUAUGGGUCCUACAACUUUGGUCCGAAGAAGACAGAGGACACUGUGUAG